UUGAGAAGAAAAAUGAGCUGGGGAUUCCUACGUGACCUGCUGAGUGGAGUGAAUAAAUAUUCAACAGGAAUUGGAAGAAUUUGGGUAGCAGUUGUGUUCAUGUUCCGCUUACUGGUUUACAUUGUGGCCGCAGAAAACAUCUGGAAAUAUGAACAUGAUGAAUUUGAAUGUAAUACCAAGCAGCCUGGUUGUGAAAAUGUCUGCUUUGACCAUUUUUUUCCUGUCUCCCACAUCAGACUUUGGGCUUUGCAAUUAAUCAUGGUCUCCACACCUUCACUCUUGGUUGUUUUUCAUGUUGCUUACCGAGAGAACAGAGAGAAACACCGCAACCAGAAACUUUAUAAAAGUCCAGGACAGAUAGAUGGUGGAUUGCUGUGCACUUACCUUGUCAGCAUUAUUUUAAAAACAGGAUUUGAAGUAGUGUUUCUUGUUCUGUUUUAUAAAUUGUACAAUGGAUUCAAAGUGCCACGUCUUGUGACAUGUGACAUAAGACCAUGUCCCAAUACCGUAGACUGCUAUAUUUCCAAACCCACAGAGAAGAUGAUUUUCCUCUAUUUACUGGUGGCAACGUCAUGCCUGUGCAUUUUGUUAAAUUUAAGUGAAUUGAGUUAUCUCAUUUUCAAAUACUCCAUAAAAUGUUAUCUGAAGAAGUACAUAAAAGAACAUCAAGGCUUGAAAAGCAAUUGCCACAAAUCAAAAAUCAUCUGUGACGACAGACGAGCAGCUGCAGGACAUUUCCACCACAGCUCCCUGUCCUUGUCUCUGAAUAUACAGGAUGAAUGUGGAAAAAGUUCCCUAUUGCCUUGAAAGAAGGCUAGAGAGCACCUUCCUGUUACACAAGCUGUAUCUCAUGAAUUGUUUUUCCAAUCAGUGCUUUACAGAACUGGAAGGAUAGCUACGUAAGAAAUACUUUUUCUCUAUUAGUUCCUCCUUACUUGAGCAGAUAUAUUCAGUUGCAUUAUGUAUGCCAUACACAGAAUAAUCUAGAUCUUUUCAUGAUGAAACGAGAGGUGUAGCGGUCUGAAAAUUCUGUGAAGUUUUAAUAUAAACACAGAUGCUUAUGAUAAAUCAUGUUGAAACAAUUGCUCAGACAGUUGUGUCUUGAGUAUUACACAAAUUGCUUUGGUACAAGCAAAGAGGCUUUUUAAAUGCAGAGCUGGAAGAACCUGGAAUUGAUCAAGACACUGAACAGUACGGUGCUGUACAGCGUUUGUCAGGUGGGUGGAUGUGAUAACUCUUGAAGUUGCAAUUGGAAAGUGCUAGCAUACAGUGGUUGCUAGUGUCUUGGAAGUGAGCUGGAUGCUCACAAGCCCAUUCCACUCUACCACUGUAAAACAUGUCCAAAAAAAAAAAAAAAAAAAAAAAAAGAAAAAGGAGCAGAUAGACACAUCUAGUUUAGCCCCUGGUGAUAAAGACAGACCUGGUUAUUUAGCUAUUUGUGGAGCACCUCCUUCUGAAGGUAUGUGAGUCCUUUACAGUUUUUAGGGUAUUUCUCAUCAGAACACAUCAUGUACAAAAAGGUACUUGCUCAGACUUCUACAGGCAGCAUAUAUCAGAGUACGGAGUUAACUCCUGGUCACCUGCACGAAGCAGCUCCUGAGCCCCCAGACUUUUAUUCUGCUGUGCAGCUGUGGCAUUUAAGGGAAAAGAUCAUUCCUAGUUCCCUAAGAUCUGAGUAGAGAAGUGUAGACUGCACAAUAUGGCAAAACAGUAGCCAGUAAUCCUAGUAUUCAGUAGCCAGGAAUCUGGUCCCUUUAGUAAGGCUGAAGGCACUGCUACUCCUUCGGUAGGUUGCUCUGCCAUA